AUGGCCUCUAUAGAUUGUCUAAAUACUGAACAACAGUUUGUUUUUGAUAAAGUAGUGCUUCAGCUUGAUUCCAGGGGUCACGGUGUGUUUUUCGUCGAUGGUCCAGGAGGCACUGGCAAAACAUUUUUGUAUAGGGCGUUGCUUGCGUAUGUUCGCCGCAAGGGUGAGAUUGCAUUGGCUGUUGCAAGUUCGGGUGUAGCUGCAUCAUUGCAGCCCGGUGGUCGGACAGCCCACUCUAGAUUUAAAUUGCCUUUGGAUGUUGACGAUGUGGGCAUAGGCAAGGUUAGUAAACAGAGUAGCUUAGCUAGAAUGAUAUCUGAGGCCAGCCUUAUUAUAUGGGAUGAGGCCUCUAUGGCUAAUCGACAUUCUAUUGAAGCAUUUGAGGCCUUGUUGGCUGAUAUCUGCGACAGCCCAUUACCCUUCGGGGGAAAUAUUGUUUUAUUUGGCGGCGAUUUCAGGCAAACAUUGCCAAUUGUGGUUAAUGGUUCUAGAGGUUCAAUGAUAACCGCAUGUUUGGUGAGCUCUGCAUUGUGGGGAGGCAUACAUCGUAUGCAACUGUGCCAGAAUAUGCGGGCUAAAGAAGAUCCCAAUUUUAUAGAUUUAUUGCUUAGAAUUGGGAAUGGUGUUGAGACUUUUAUUUUCGACGAUAACAUAAAGAUUCCAUCUCAUAUGUUAGUCCCUUUUGAUGAUGCGGCUACCUCUUUGGAUCGUCUUAUUCGUGAUGUUUACCCCAAUUUAGAUACUUUCAUGCAAAACCCUGAUGCCUUUGUAGGUAGAGCUAUCCUUACCCCGAAAAAUGAUUGUGUAGAUGAGCUUAAUGAUCUCUUAAUGGAACGAUUUGCGGGCAAAAUGAAAGAGUACAUUAGUUUUAACGCAACAACCGAUCCACUACAGUAA